AGAAACGCCCGGGCUGGCGCGCCGGCGCGCGGGGCGGGCUCUCCGCCUCCGGGCGGCGGUGACCGCGGCUCCCGCCCCAGCGCGCGCGCGGACGCCUAGGCGCGCCGGUCGUUGGGCCCCAGCCUAGGGUCCCCGGCCGCGCGCGAGGCAAGAUGUUGAGGCGCAGCCUGGAAAACCGGGACGCUCAAACCAAACAACUGCAAGAUGCUGUCACAAAUGUGGAGAAGCAUUUUGGAGAGCUGUGCCAAAUCUUUGCUGCCUAUGUGCGGAAAACUGCUAGGCUGCGAGACAAAGCAGACCUCCUGGUGAACGAAAUCAAUGUAUAUGCUUCCACAGAGACCCCAAAUUUAAAGCAGGGCUUGAAAAACUUUGCUGACGAGUUUGCCAAGCUCCAGGAUUAUCGACAAGCAGAGGUUGAAAGACUUGAAGCCAAAGUAGUUGAACCUUUGAAAGCUUAUGGAACCAUUGUAAAAAUGAAACGGGAUGACCUCAAAGCAACAUUGACAGCAAGGAAUCGAGAAGCUAAGCAGUUAACUCAGUUAGAAAGAACACGACAGCGAAACCCAUCUGAUCGACAUGUUAUUUCACAGGCAGAAACGGAAUUACAGAGAGCUACAAUAGAUGCCACCCGAACAACUCGUCAUCUUGAGGAAACUAUUGACAAUUUUGAAAAGCAGAAAAUAAAGGAUAUAAAGAAUGUAUUUUCAGAAUUUAUCACAAUCGAAAUGUUAUUUCACGGCAAAGCUUUAGAGGUCUACACCGCUGCCUACCAAAACAUACAAAAGAUUGAUGAGGAUGAAGAUUUAGAGGUUUUCCGAAAUUCUCUGUAUCCACAAGAUUAUUCAUCUCGUUUAGAUAUUGUAAGAGCAAAUUCAAAGUCGCCUCUUCAGAGAUCACUGUCAGCUAAGUGUGUAUCUGGGACAGGACAGGUAUCCACUUGUCGACUGAGAAAGGAUCAACAAGCAGAAGAUGAUGAUGAAGAUGAAGAGUUAGAUAUUACAGAAGAUGAAAAUUAAUUUUCUUAAUUCUCCAUUUUCAUCUUAAAUAACUACCUUGUCACACUUUCUUUAUAGGUUGAAAUCUCAAAUGAAAUCUUACUAGAAAUUGAAAAAUAAUUAAAGGCAAUUUAUGCUGACCAAAACGCAAAAGUUUUUAAAAAAUAUUACACACCAGUCUUUUCAACAUUCUACCUAGUGGUAUAUGAUCUUUUUGUGUAAGUUCCAUUUUUAAAAAAACAUACUAAUACACUUUACCUAAUUAAAGAAGCUGCAAUAGUAGGUAGAUGACAAAAACGAAAAUAUCUAACAGUUCCACUUAGCUUCUUUUAGGUUAGGACACUGUGCUUUCAUCAUCAGAAAAGGCUACAUAAAAAUUCUAUUCCAUGAAGUCUUAAGUUUUGUGUUUUGUUUACUAUGUUUUAUCACUUGAUAUGUGAAUUUAUUUUUCAAUAAAUCAAACACUAAAGGGGACACUAAGAUACCAGUAUUUUUUACAAAUAUGCAUGAAGUAUAAAUUUUAGCUUUAAAAAAAAGCCACAUUCAACCUGAUUCUGGAUUUAAAACAAAACUGCUGUUAAGUAUUAGACAUGGUAUAGCCCUUUGGAAGGCUGGUAAAGGUAAAAUGCUGCCUCAUCAUGGAACACCAUAAACUAUUAAAAAUUCAAUGAACAUUUUACCAAGCUACCAUCUAGUUAAUAAAAUGGUAUCUAGUCACUCUAAUUUCUAAUAUUAUAAAACAAUCAGCCUUUCUGAUGCUUUUGUUUCUUGGAUCUCAAACAGGCAUAUAAAAAUUAUAGAAUUUAUAAAAAAUCAUUUGGGAUAACCAGAAGUGAUUACACAACAGAAAAAUAAAAGACUUACUAGAAAGAUUUUUUUGACUUUGUCAUUUCAUGGUUCUGUUAACAAAG